CGUUGUCGCAGCGCGGAUCAUGGCAACGUCCCAUGUGACGCCUCCUUCGACCCUCGCCAUCCACCUCUCGCUCGCCUCUUGCUGCGGUACCUAGCCGUCAACCCCCCCAAAAUCCCACGCCAUGGACUCGUUAAAGAUUGAACACGAGAAGCUCGAGAAGAGGGGCAACCUCAGCAAAAGCAUCAACGAUGUCCAGAAGACGAUCGAUCUGCUCACAAAGGCCCGCGAGGCCGUGGCUGCCGAUCCCACCUCAGCACAGAUGACGCUGGCCAAGCUCCAAACCCCUAUGAAGCACUCCUUCGAUAAGGUCAACGAAGAUCUCAAAGAAGUCCACCAAGCCCUCGGGAAAUAUGGCAAGGCGCUGGACAAGAAAUUUAAAGACAAGCCUCUCCCGGCCGCCGAGAACGAUGCCCUCUCCGCACACCCGGCCCUGGUCAACCGUGCCAUCGCCAUGCAUCUGCUCCGCGAGGGCCAGUUCGGCGUGGCCGCAAGAUUUAUCGAAGAAGCCAAAGCGCAUCCGCCACAUACCGAAUCGACGACCACCACGCUCGAUCCAUACACCGGCCAGCAACCGGACAACGCAUUCACAAACGGCACAAUGGAUAGCGGGGCCUUGCAGCAGCAGUUUGCUGAGAUGUACCACAUACUUCAUGAGAUGAAACAGCAGCAAAACCUGAGGCCGGCAAUAGAAUGGAGUAGGCAACACAGUGCAUUGCUUGAGGCACGUGGUAGCAACUUGGAGUUUGAGCUCUGCAGGCUGCAAUAUGUUUGCCUUUUCAUGGGACACCAGCUAGAUGGAAGUGUCGCAGCAUCGGAACAAGGACCGUUGCGAGCAUGGGCAUACGCACGGAGCGAGUUUGGUGCCUUCCAGCAGAGAUACACGAAGGAGAUCCAGCAGCUCGUUGGAGCAAUGGCCUUCUACCAGAACAUGGGCGAUUCGCCUUACAGCAGCACCUUCUACAACAAGACGGCGUUUGAAGAAGUGGCAAACUCAUUCACUAGAGAGUUUUGCUCGCUGCUUGGCUUGUCCGCAGACUCGCCGCUUUAUAUUGCGGCUACAGCAGGCGCCAUCGCACUUCCCACCCUGCUCAAGCUUCAAACCAUUAUGAAAGAAAAGAGGACGGAGUGGACGACACAAAACGAGCUUCCUGUCGAAAUUCCCCUUCCACCCUCAUACCAUUUCCACUCCAUCUUCGUCUGCCCGGUGUCCAAGGAACAGGGCACCGACCAAAACCCGCCGAUGAUGAUGCCGUGCGGGCAUGUCAUUGCAAAGGAGUCUCUGGAGCGGAUCAGCAAGGGCGCGAGGUUCAAGUGCCCUUAUUGUCCGGGCGAGAGCCACCCGAGAGACGCAAAGAAAGUGUUGCUAUAAGAGUAACGUUAUCAGACUUGUUGUGGCGUAGCUUUGCAUUUCCUGGCGUUUUUGGUGCACGGCGGGGAAUUUCGAUUGGCAAAGCGCGUCUCACGACGUGGAACGGGGUCUACGAUCAGCACGGCGCUUUUGGAAGGUCAUUUGGACAUCGUAUUUCUCGGCUAGGAUACGCAAUCUUGCAUGAUAAGUGGAUGAUG